GAGGGUGCGCCCCGAUUUCGUUCUGGUGCGGGAGGAGCCCGAGGGGGGGGCGGGGGGCGCCCCCCGCAGGUUCCUGGCGGGAUUGCACCUGGGGGGGGUCCCCAGCAGCGACCCCCUGCCCGCCCUGUACGGCUUCGCUCACCCCCCCUGCCUGUUUGCCCAGUUGGCUCGGCUGCAGCGGGAACUGGGCCAUGAGGCUUUUCCACUGGUGCCACAACACUUCUGCAACCGGCCCCGGGGACUGCUGACCACGCCCACCUUCCCCAUGACGGUGAUGCUCAGCCCCGCCCCUGCCGGGGUGGGACAGGUGAGGCCCCGCCCCUUUCCCACCCCGCCCACCGGAAGUGAAGGAGCUCGGGUGGGCGUGGCCAAAGGGUCUGGCUACUUGUGGGUGUGGUUCAAUGGGCGUGGCCAACGUGGACAAGACUCUAUGUGGGUGCGCGUGGGGUCCCCUCAGGUGCUGGGCGCGGUCGCUGCCGCCAUGGGCGGGGCCCGGGCGGGGGCGCUGGUGCAGGAGGGACCCGCGGGGACCCAAAGGCUGCGGGUGCAGAGGAUCGGGGAGGAGUACCGGGCACUGCGGUGGUCCGUGGGGGACGGGGACAGCGUGGGGGAGGGGCUGCAGGUGGAGCCAGUCGCCCUCAGCCCCAGGGGGCGCGGCCACGACGAGGGCGUGGCCACAAAGAGGGAGGUGGUCGCAGUGGUGGGCGUGGUCACAGUGAGGGGAGCACAUCGUGCAGGUCCUGGGCUCGUGGUUGCCUCUGCUGGGCCCAGGUGCGGCCGAGGAUCAGGCCCAGAUCGUGGAGCUGGUGCUGGAGAGGAUGAGGGAGGAGCUGCCCCGCCCACGCAGCCCCUCCCCCGCUCGGCCACGCCCACAGGUGUCGGCGACGUCGGGGUCACCCCGGGCGGGGACCCCCCCCCAGCAGAGACCCCAACCCCAGGGUGCGCCGCCUCCGGCUGGCCCCGCCCAACCCCGCCCCGCACCUCAGGGGCAGCCACGCCCACAAAUGGGUGGAGCUUCGCCACGCCCAGCCCACCCCGGCCCCACCCCACCACGUGGUCCGUCCCAGCCACGCCCACUCGCGACUCAACCCCGCCCCCAAAGCCCGGUGGCCACACCCCAGCCCCGCCCAACCUCCCCGCAGCCACGCCCACAAACCCCACCCAGCUCGCCUCAGCCGCACCCACAAGCCACGCCCACCCCGCAGCCACGCCCACCGCUGGUUUCCUCUGCAUCGCAGCCGCGCCCACCCAGCCCGCAGCCACGCCCACAAAUGUCUCCAACAUCCCAGCCCCGCCCUCAAGCCCCGCCCGCUUCUCAGCCACACCCACCUGGCCCGGUGACGUCACCGCAGCCCCGCCCUCAAGCCCCGCCCGCUUCUCAGCCACGCCCGCCUGGUUCCGUGACGUCACCACAGCCACGCCCUCAAGCUCCGCCCACUUCUCAGCCACGCCCACCAGCCCCGCCCAUCAGGUCCGGCCACGUCACCUCAGCCCCGCCCACAAGCCCCUCCCACCUCCCCCCAACCCCGCCUCCAGCGCUCCCCCUCCGUCCCCCAGCCCCGCCCCCAAGCCCCGCCCACCACCCGCCAGCCCCGCCCACAACCCUGGCCCCGAGCAGGGACCCCCCGAGAGCCUUCGGGCGCUGCGGCAGAGCUUCGCCAGCCUCUUCAGCGACUGA